UCCACUCUCAACGGAUCAUAUCUUCACGAGACCUGCUAUCACACUCGGCAGCCGUUUCGACGAAAGCCGCGAAUAAGCCGCUCCGGUCAAUGUUGGUUGUUAUUAUUAGGCUGUUUAUUGCGGAUCGCGGAGUUUUGUAACACAGACCAACUCGAGUCUAAUACUUUAUUGACGUUUUGGGUUGAUACUAACCAUCUCAUCUACUCCGGCGUAGUAUCGGGGACAGCAUGUGGGGCCAUGCGAUCAGGCUGAGCUUGUGAACUCAUAUAAGUGCGCUCACAGAGCGGGUCUCCAAUCGUCAUGUUUGUAAAUCCAUCUGCUCUGUACGAGAUGUGGUCGGUCGUGCUGGUUUUGGUUCUGCAAAUCUUUUCAAUCGGUACACGUGGAAUCACCUCGACGACAGAGAACAGCGCUGGUCAGCAAAAAGUAACAUUUCACCCGUGUGAUACCAACGGACAAUCUGUGGACGUCUAUGGCUAUCCGAACCCCGGGAACAUUAGCAUUUUCUAUGGCAUACCAUUCGCUCAGCCCCCUCUCGGACCACUCCGAUUCAAGCCGCCCCAAAAGCCCAUGUCGUAUCCUUCCGUGAUUGAUGUGCCGGGCUACAAGCGAGGAUGUAUGCAAGGCCCGAUCUUUGGUCACAGCAAUUACAGUGAAGACUGCCUGUACUUGAAUGUUUGGAGACCUGACGGGUAUGAUGAGACGAGUAAACUGCCAGUAUUGGUAUGGUUGUAUGGAGGAGGCUAUCUCCUGGGAUCGGCGCAAGCAUUCAACUUCACUCAGAUCAUGGAGGCCGGUAUUGCUCAGGGCACGCCUUUCAUCGCCGUGAAUGGUAACUACCGGCUCGGGCCAUUCGGAUUCGGAUACGGAAAAGAGUACCUCGAAGAUGGUUCUUCAAAUUCUGGCCUGUGGGACGUCGUAGCUGUUCUCGACUGGGUAGACGAGAACAUUGCUAGUUUUGGUGGUGACCCAGAUCAUGUGACGCUCGCCGGUCAAUCAGCAGGGGCGGUCUCUGCAUCUCUCAUGGCACUCGUCAAGACUCCCCCAAAGGUCGUUGGAAUCAUCAUGAAUGACGGCGCCCCAGCAGCAUUGCCAUUGGCUCCAACUACGCAGGGAUACCCCGAACUGUAUCCCUUGCUACUCAAUCUGACUAACUGCUCCGAUGCCAGCAACACAUUUGAAUGUUUGCGAUACAUCGAUGCAGAUAUCCUCAACAAUGCCUCGCUGGCCAUUCGGGCAACGGCAAACUUCACCGAGGCCUUCCCAUGGACGCCGAAUGUAGACUACGACCUCUUACCUGAUCGGCCCUCCACGUUGCUGAGGGAGGGCCGAUUCCUCAAAGUCCCGAUGCUUUUUGGAGAUAAUUAUGAUGAAGGGACCAGCUUUGUUCUCACCGAUACCAACAGCACAGAAGCGGUCAUUGCACAGGUCAACUAUUUUGAGCCUGUCAGACCGGAUAAUGCGACGAUGACGAGGCUUUUGGAGCUGUAUCCAAAUAUUCCGGCGCUGGGAUCACCAUACGGUACCGGAAAUGACACCUUUGGACUUGAUCCUGAAUACAAGCGUGUCGCUUCUAUUGUCGGCGACAUCACCUUUCAGCAUGCUCGCAGGGAUAUGUUGGAACAGAUGAACGCGAAUGGAUACCAUGAAACUUGGACAUGGCUCUGGGACGCAUUUGCAAUAGGCUUUGCAGGAGGAUAUCAUGGAGUGCCACAUACCUGGGACACGGCGUGGUGGUUGGGUCAAGUAGAUCCAGGUUACCCUGAAACAGCCUUAGACCUGGAGAAACAGACGCUUCAGUAUUGGCUUAAUUUCAUCAUCAACUCUGACCCCAACGAAGGGGGUUCGACGAACUACACCUACUGGCCAAGAUACCGAGAGAAUGGUGAACAGGCAAACAUGUUCAAAUUCGUUGGCAAUGCCUCGAUGUAUGAGGCUCAAGUGAUACAGGAUGAUUACAGAAAGGAGCAGAUUGCCUUCAUCAAUGACCAUCCAUUACAAUUCAAUGCAUAGUGGUUAAGGA